CUGCCCAUUGCUGUUCUUUCCUUUUUCGUUCGCAGCUUCAUCUGUAAGUGUAUUGCAUGAGAUCGUAUAAGCGUUUGGAGGAGAGGGUAUGGAGAAUGUGUUCUCAGGCUAACAGGGAGCCACAGAAGACUUCGACGUUGAGACUGCCACAAUGUGCAUGUCCGAAGCCACCAGCUAUGAGGGAGGGAGGCCCAAGGAGGGGUUUCGGAUCUCCCCUUCCAUGGGACCUUCGUCUGGAUUCCUCACGCCUCCGUCCCCGUACAACCUGGAGGUCCGCCGAGAUUCAAUCGCAUCGUCUCAGUCGUCCAUGUCGAGCUUCGCAAGUUCCAUGUCGAAUUACUCUCUGCCGGCAACGCCAACCUAUGUGCAGAGUCCUAUGACUGAGGAGGGCUUCAUCGACGUCACGGGAUACGAUCUCAGCCAGGAUAUGCAGGGCCACAUCUUCCAUGGCCUUCCGAUGGAGCCCCAAACCAAGAUGAUGCCGUCGGAGGAAGGCUUGCCCGGAUCCUGGAUGAUGGUCCCACAUGCACCCAAUCUCACCACCAAUCCGACAAUACAGAUUCAACCGCACGGUAUCCUUUCCACGGCUGAAGAUCUCAUACAUCCUCACCUGGCAGAGCCAGCCAGCAUGGACAGCGUCAUGGUUUCUACCCCAGAGCCUUCAUGGGGUCAUCUUCCUGCUGCCGUAUUCCCGGAUAGCGGAAGCCCAUGGGACAACGGCUUCCUUCAGCCCAUCGUUCCCGAGGACAGCAUGCGGGCUUUCUGGGCGGCUCAGAUACAGCAACCGCAGAGGCUCCAGACUCCGACGAUGAUUCCAUCGGAUUCCAUGCUCGUCUCUGAGAAUAGCUAUGUCCAUGUCGACCCAGAAUCAAUGACCGAUACGGACUCCUUCGACAACGCCGGGGCCUCAAUGCCCCACUCGCCCCAGGAGGUCACCUUCAAGAGAGAGAACUCGCCCCCACUUCAGCAUGACUCCGAUGCUGAGCAUCGGGCAAGCUCACUCAGGAGGUCGGUAUACAUGUCGGCAGUGUCGCCCACCGGAGGAAAAACAAUCGUGAAGAAAGAGCGACGACCCGGAGGCUCUUCAAAGAAGCCUCAUACGAGACAUGGAAAAAGGAGUGACUCCACCUUGGACGAUUCGAUCUCGGACGUGGUCACCUUGAACGGGGUCGAAAUCGAAUGGAACGAGGAGAAACAGGGCAUCGAUUGGCGCGGCACGCGGCUCAACAAGUCGAAGAAGCUCCCAUGCCCUCGAUGUCCAAAGAACUUUCGACGGCCCGAACACCUCAAGCGGCACCUCGACACCCACGACCCGGCAAAACGGGAAAGAUUCGGGUGCGUGCUCUGCAUCAAGAGAUUCGGGCGAAACGACAAUCACCAUGAGCAUUACUGGACCCACGUGCGGAAGCCCGGUAAGAAGGAUGGCCGCAACCCCAAGUGGACUCUCCAAGAAGUUGAGGAAUUGCUUACUAAGAAGAAGCUUACUGAUGCCAAACUCGUCGAGAAGCUCAGGCAGAAGUGGAAGAAGCUUUGCGAAGCUUGAGAGCGAGGCUCUCCUGUACAAACCGCACUUUCGGUUAUGUUCGGAGUUG